GGGUCAGAGACGGGGUGGAGCAUGAGGGCUGGAGGCUCUGUUGGAGGGCCCAUUUGCGAAUGUGGUCUCCAUUUUUAACUCCUUCCCUCCUGUCACAGGGAGUCGAAACCGAGGAUUGGCGACAUCCUCCAGAAAUUAGCUCCCUUCCUCAAGAUGUACGGGGAGUACGUGAAGAACUUUGACAGGGCCAUGGAACUGGUGAACAUCUGGGUGGAGAAAUCGGCUCAUUUCAAGUCCACGCUACAAGAUAUCCAGAAGGAUGAGCUGUGCGGAAACCUGACGCUGCAGCAUCACAUGUUGGAGCCUGUGCAGAGGAUCCCACGCUACGAGCUCCUCCUUAAGGACUACCUGAAAAAACUGCCUGAGGAUUCGCCUGACCGCAAGGACUCAGAAAAAUCUCUGGAGCUGAUUUCAACGGCGGCUGAUCAUUCCAAUGCUGCCAUCCGCAAGAUGGAACGGAUGCACAAGCUGCUCAAAGUCUACGAGCUGUUGGGGGGUGAAGAGGACAUUGUGAACCCCACCAAUGAGCUGAUAAAGGAGGGUCACAUCCUGAAACUCUCAGCCAAGAAUGGGAGCACCCAGGACCGAUACCUUAUUCUGUUCAACAACCGGUUACUGUACUGUGUUCCCAAGCUGAGGCUGAUUGGUCAGAAGUUCAGCGUCCGGGCACGGAUCGACGUGGACGGCAUGGAGGUGAAGGUGACCAGUACUCAGAACUCUUGCCGGACGUUCCUUGUGUCUGGGAAACAGCGUUCCCUGGAAUUACAGGCCAGAACACAGGAAGAGAAGAAGGAUUGGAUUCAGGCGAUCCAGGCAACGAUUCGGAGACACGAGCAAACCCUGGAGACCUUCAAAGUGCUAAGUGGUUCACUCAGGGACGAGGAGACCCCCCCUGCAUCACCAAACACGGAGCUGGGAAAGCGGGCUCCCACUCCGAUCCGCGAGAAGGAGGUCAGCAUGUGUAUGAAGUGCCAAGAACCGUUUAACUCCAUCACGAAGCGCAGGCAUCACUGCAAGGCCUGCGGCCACGUGGUGUGUGGGAAAUGUUCAGAAUUCCGGGCUCGGCUGGUGUACGAUAACAACCGCACCAACAGGGUGUGUCGGGAUUGCUACGAGGUUCUGCACGGAUCGCCAGCGGGAACGCCACAGCGGGCAUCGUAUUCCCAACGGAGAAAGUCCAUCCUGGAGAAACAGGCAUCGGUUGCAGCAGAGAACAGCGUCAUCUGCAGCUUCCUGCAUUACAUGGAGAGGGGAGCCAAGGGUUGGCACAAGGGCUGGUGUGUCAUCCCCGAGAAUGAGCCCCUCGUGCUCUACAUCUACGGAGCCCCUCAGGACGUGAAGGCUCUCCGCAGCGUCCCGCUAAUCGGUUUCGAGGUGGGCACCCCGGAUCCCGGAGAGAAGACGGACCGUCGGCACUCGUUCCUCAUGUCGCAGAGCCACCUCACCCUCCACUUCAGUGCCGAGUCAGAGGACUUGCUCCAGCGCUGGGUGAAUGCCCUGUCCCGGGCGGCACGGGGCGAGGCAGAGGGGGGCAGUGGUGCCGAAGGACAGCUGGCAGAUCAGGGGCCGCGGGACCAUAGCGGAUCCCCUCCUGGACUGAGCCAAACCCCCUGCACCUAACGGGACCGUCUUAACCCCCUCGAUACUUGAAACGAAGCGCACUUUUUCUUGUUUUUUUUCUUGAUUUCCCUUUUUAAUAUUUUUUAGAUAAUAUUUUAUAUAUUAUAUAUUAUAUCAAAGGUUAUAUAUGUAAGGGUUUAGGAACUUUAAACCCCACCCCCACCCCUAUCACCAGAGGAGGAGGGGAAAGGUGGGAUUCCAACCCCUCCCUCGCUGUCCCAGGAAGAGGGUUCUGUUUUGGCAGGGGUGGGUGGCCUGGGAGAGGGUGUUGCACGGAGGGGGGAUUCGGACGCGAGACUGGGUUUAGUCGCGAGAAAGUGUUGAUGUCGCUAUUUGGGUUUUCUUCCCUCCUCCCUCCUACCCUCGUCUCCUUCCUCCUCCAACCCUCGUCUCCUUCCUCCUCCAACCCUCGUCUCCUUCCUCCUCCAACCCUCGUCUCCUUCCUCCUCCAACCCUCGUCUCCUUCCUC